UACUUCGAGUUUGUGCGUAUGUUCACCGCAUUGUACGCGGAGCAAAAUCGCCGUCGCGUCGCGAGUGCAACGCUGCAGGCGGCACGGGCGGCGAAACUAGGGGAGCUGCGGGACGCCGUGAGGAGGAGUCGCAACAGCUGCGAACGAGACCUCGAGCCAGUUUUGCGAGAGACGGAGACGAGGUGCGGGGAAACGGAGCUGCAGCUGGAGCGCGAGACCGAGAAGGCGGCGGAGGCCAAGCAGACAGCCGCGGACACGGAAAAGAGCGUGAACGCGAUGCUGAGCGAGAUCAGCAAGAUGCGGGAGGAGGCGCAGCAGGAACUGAACCAGGCGCUCCCCGCGCUGGAGGAAGCCAACCGCUGCUUGUCGAAGCUGAAGACGGACCACUUGCGCGAGGUGCGGGCGUUCUUCAACCCCCCGAGUGGCGUCCGGAUGACGAUGGAGGUACUCUGCAUCAUCUUCCAGGUCCCGCCGGUGAAGCGCACCACCGACGGGGGAAACACCAAAGAAGUAGUUGCGGACUACUGGGAGGCGGCGCAGAAGCAGCUGCUGACCGACCCGAAGAAGCUGCUGGACUCCCUGAUGGGGUACGACCGCGAGUCGCCGCUGCCCGCGAAAACGCGGGAAAAGCUGGAGAGCUACAUCAACCGCGAGGACUUCGAGCCCGCGGUGAUUCGCAAGGCCAGCGUGGCCUGCGAGGCCAUCUGCAUGUGGACCCGUGCCAUGUACCGGUACGCGGUGGUCGCGGAGCACGUGAAGCCGAAGCGCGAGCGGCUGAAGGAAGUGGAGAGCAGUAGGCAGAAAGUGCAGAAACAGCUCGACACGGCCAUGGAACUGGCGAAACUGGCAGAGGAGCGCGUGCAGAAACUUGCAGCCAUCGUGGAGCAGGUGCGGGCGAAGCGGGAGAGGCUCGACGCAGAGUUCCAGACCACGCAGAUACAAAUUGCAGAGUGGCAGCGGAUUUUGCAACUGCUCGACGAC